CUUUGGCUGCAGAAAACGCUCUACAGAAAGAACCUCCAUCUCUCCAGUGCCCUCCGGGGCAGAGGAAACACAUCCGGUGGUUCUGGAAGGAGCGACCACCAUGUCCAGUUUCACGUGGCCCUGGCGCGCCGAUGCGGCGACGAGCUUCCUGCGGGCAGCGCGGUCCGGGAACCUGGACAAAGCUCUGGACCACUUGAGGAAUGGCGUGGAUAUUAACACCUGUAAUCAGAAUGGGCUCAAUGCUUUGCACCUCGCGUCCAAGGAGGGACAUGUCAAGAUGGUAGCCGAAUUGCUGCACAAGGAGAUUGUUUUGGAGACCACCACCAAGAAAGGGAACACGGCCUUACACAUCGCUGCCCUGGCGGGACAGGAGGAUGUUGUGCGGGAACUGGUGAAUUUUGGGGCAAAUGUCAACGCACAGUCACAGAAAGGCUUCACGCCCCUGUAUAUGGCAGCCCAAGAGAACCACCUGGAGGUGGUGAAGUUCUUGUUGGAGAAUGGCGCCAAUCAAAAUGUGGCCACCGAGGAUGGCUUCACGCCACUGGCCGUGGCUCUCCAGCAGGGCCACGAGAACGUGGUGGCCCACCUGAUCAACUACGGGACAAAGGGCAAGGUGCGUCUCCCGGCACUGCACAUCGCCGCCCGCAAUGACGACACACGUACGGCCGCGGUGCUCUUGCAGAAUGACCCGAAUGCUGACGUCCUUUCCAAGACGGGUUUUACCCCAUUGCACAUUGCCGCACAUUAUGAGAACCUCAACGUGGCCCAGUUGUUGCUGAACCGUGGCGCGAGCGUCAACUUCACCCCCCAGAAUGGCAUCACCCCUCUGCACAUUGCCUCGCGCCGGGGCAACAUCAUCAUGGUGCGCCUGCUGCUUGACCGGGGGGCCCACAUCGAGACGCGGACCAAGGACGAGCUGACGCCGUUGCACUGUGCAUCUAGGAAUGGCCAUGUACGGAUCGCAGAAAUCUUGCUGGACCACGGAGCUCCCAUCCAAGCUAAAACCAAGAAUGGGCUGUCCCCCAUCCACAUGGCUUCCCAAGGGGACCACCUGGACUGCGUGCGGCUUCUCUUGCAGUACAACGCCGACAUCGAUGACAUCACACUGGACCACCUGACGCCCUUGCAUGUGGCUGCCCACUGUGGCCACCACCGGGUGGCUAAGGUCCUGCUGGAAAAGGGUGCAAAGCCCAAUGCACGGGCAUUGAAUGGGUUCACCCCUCUGCACAUCGCUUGCAAGAAGAACCACAUCAGGGUGAUGGAGCUGCUUCUGAAGAUGGGGGCCUCCAUCGAUGCGGUCACCGAGUCUGGACUGACCCCUCUUCAUGUAGCCUCUUUCAUGGGGAACCUUCCCAUCGUCAAGAUUCUCCUGCAACGAGGAGCCUCUCCCAACGUCUCUAACGUGAAGGUGGAAACGCCACUGCACAUGGCGGCCCGGGCGGGCCACACGGAGGUUGCAAAAUACCUGCUCCAGAACAAGGCCAAAGUGAAUGCCAAAGCGAAGGAUGACCAGACCCCCCUGCACUGUGCGGCCCGCCUGGGCCACUGCGCCAUGGUGAAGCUCCUCCUCGAGAGCGGCGCCGAUCCCAACCUUUCUACGACAGCCGGGCACACCCCUCUGCACAUCACAGCCCGCGAGGGCCACCUGGACUGUGCCUGCACCUUGCUCGAGAAGGGAGCUUCCCAGACAGUCAUGACCAAGAAAGGAUUUACCCCUCUGCACGUUGCUUCCAAAUACGGGAAAGUGGAUGUGGCCGAGGUGCUGCUGGAGCACAACGCGCAGCCCAACGCGGCUGGGAAGAAUGGCCUCACGCCCCUCCACGUAGCUGUCCACCACAACAACCUGGACAUUGUCAAAGUGCUGCUGCCGAAGGGGGCCUCCCCACACAGCGUGGCUUGGAACGGAUACACCCCGCUCCACAUCGCCGCUCGGCAGAACCAGAUGGAGGUGGCCAUCAGCCUGCUGCAGUACGGUGCUUCCGCCAACGCCGAGUCCACGCAAGGGGUGACGCCGCUGCACCUGGCGGCCCAGGAGGGCCACGCGGAAAUGGUGGUGCUGCUCCUCUCCAAGCAGGCCAAUGGCAACUUGGGCAACAAGAGUGGCCUCACCCCACUCCACUUGGUGGCUCAAGAGGGACACGUUCAAGUCGCGGAUGUCCUUCUCAAGCAAGGAGUCCAGGUUGACGCAACCACACGGAUGGGGUAUACACCGCUCCACGUGGCUUCCCAUUACGGGAACAUCAAACUGGUGAAGUUUUUGCUGCAGCACCAAGCAGAUGUCAACGCGAAGACCAAGCUUGGGUACACCCCGUUACACCAAGCUGCUCAGCAAGGACACACAGACAUUGUCACCCUCCUGCUGAAGCAUGGGGCCUCACCCAACGAAGUCAGUUCGAAUGGGGCCACUCCUUUGGCCAUCGCGAAGCGGCUGGGCUACAUUUCCGUGACGGAUGUGCUGAAAAUUGUCACCGAGGAGACCAGCUUCCUGUCCUUCAGCGACAAGCAUCGGAUGAGUUUCCCAGAGACAGUAGACGAAAUCCUGGAUGUUUCAGAGGACGAAGGCACAGCUCACGUAUCUCUCCUGGAAGAGCUGCCGGGGCCCAAGACGCACAAACGGGAUUUUCAGUAUCAAGAGGACGAGAGAGAAAUCGUGGAAUUCGUUCCCAAACUGGAUGCUACGAGGGAAGAAUCACCAGCUAUCCCACGAAUUCCUUGUGUCACACCUGAGCCUGUGGUAAUUCGGACUGAGGAACCAGAGCAGCCUUCCAAGGAAUUUGAUGAGGAGUCCCUCAUCCCAAGCAGUCCAGCAACAGAGACCUCCGACAACAUCAGCCCGGUGGCCAGCCCCGUCCACACAGGGUUCCUGGUGAGUUUUAUGGUGGAUGCCCGCGGAGGGUCCAUGCGGGGCAGCAGGCACAAUGGUCUUCGCGUCAUCAUCCCACCCAGGACUUGUGCAGCACCUACGCGAAUCACCUGCCGGCUGGUCAAGCCCCAGAAGCUACCAGCACCACCUCCUCUGGCUGAAGAAGAAGGGCUGGCCAGCAGGAUUAUCGCUUUGGGACCUGCUGGAGCACAGUUCCUCAGCCCUGUCAUCGUGGAGAUCCCUCACUUUGCCUCGCAUGGGCGUGGCGACCGGCAGCUGGUGGUCCUGCGCAGCGAGAACGGGUCCGUGUGGAAAGAGCACCGCAGCCGCUAUGGAGAGAACUACCUGGACCAGGUCCUUAACGGGAUGGAUGAAGAGUUGGAGAGCCUUGAGGAACUGGAAAAGAAGAGGAUUUGUCGCAUCAUCACGACAGACUUUCCCCUCUACUUUGUGGUCAUGACCCGCGUGAGCCAGGACUGUGACCUGAUCGGCCCAGAGGGCGGCUGUCUACAGAGCACUCUGGUGCCCAUGGUCCAGGCCACAUUCCCGGAAACAGCAGUCACCAAAAAGGUCAAGCUUGCUUUGCAGGCGCAACCGGUGCCCGAUGAGCUGGUGACGAAACUGCUGGGGAACCAGGCGACCUUCAGCCCCAUCGUGACCGUGGAGCCGCGCCGGCGGAAAUUCCACCGCCCCAUUGGGCUGUGCGUCCCCCUGCCCCCCUCAUGGAGGGAGAACCCCCGGGACAGCGGGGAAGGCGACACCACCAGCCUGCGGCUUCUCUGCAGCGUUAUAGGCGGAACAGCCCCAGCCCAGUGGGAGGACAUCACCGGCACCACAAAGCUAAUCUACGCCAACGAGUGUGCAAACUUCACCACCAACGUGUCUGCCAGAUUCUGGCUGGCAGAUUGCCCACGCACGGCCGAAGCGGUCCAUUUUGCCACCCUCUUGUACAAAGAGCUGGCCGCCGUGCCCUACAUGGCCAAAUUCGUGGUGUUUGCCAAAAUGAACGACGGGCGGGAAGGCCGCCUGCGCUGCUACUGCAUGACGGACGACAAGGUGGACAAGACGCUGGAGCAGCACGAAAACUUCACUGAAGUGGCACGAAGUCGGGACAUUGAGGUGGUGGAAGGAAUGCCACUCCAUACGGAGCUGUCUGGGAAUCUGGUGCCAAUCAAGAAGGCUGCCCAGCAACGCAGCUUCCUCUUCCAGUCGUUCUGUGAGAACCGCCUGAUAAUUCCCGUCAAGGUGAGGGACAGCAGCCGAGAAGCGAGCGGUUCUCUGUCCUUCCUACGGAAGCCCAUGAAGUAUGAGGAGCUGCAGCAUGUCCUUUGCCAUUUGAACAUCACCAUGCCGCCCUGCUCCAAGAGUUCUGGCACUGAAGAGCGAAGGAGAACGUUGACCCCCCUGGCCCUGCGGGAGAGAUACAGCCUUCUCAGUGACAGUACCCUAGGCUCCGUCAGCAGCACCGAGAAGGACAAGACGGACAUGAAGAUGGCCGUCAUCGCGGAGCACCUCGGCCUCAGUUGGGCUGAGCUUGCCCGGGAACUUCAGUUCGGAGUGGAUGACAUAAACAGGAUCCGUGUGGAGAACCCCAACUCCCUGCUGGAGCAGAGCAUGGCGCUGUUGAACCUGUGGACCAGUCGUGGUGGCCAGAGUGCCAAUAUGGAGAACCUCUACGCGGCUCUGCGAAACAUCGACCGGAGCGAGAUCAUCAACAUGCUGGAAGGCUCGGCGCGGCACAGCCGGAGCCUGAAGGGUGACAAGCGCUACCCUCACAGAGACUACUCCCUCUCGCCUUCCCAGAUGAAUGGUUAUGCUUCGCUACAGGACGAGCUGCUCUCCCCCGCCUCUUUGCAUUAUGCGCUGCCUUCCCCGCUCCGCGCCGAGCAGUACUGGAGCGAGGUGGCCAUCAUGGACGCCAUCCCCAUGGCCGCCACCGAACAGGAUGCCCUCAUGGAGAUGUCGGACAUGCAGGUGUGGUCCUCGGGGCUGACGCCCUCGCUGGUGACUGCCGAAGACUCCUCCCUGGAGUGCAGCAAAGCCGAGGACUCGGACGCCACGAGCGAAGGCCGGUUCCCGGGGCAGCUUCCGGAGGAUGCGCAUGGCCCCGAUCCACUGGGCUCCAUGGAUCUGGUCGAGGAUGACACGGUGGACUCAGAUGCCAUGAAUGGCCUCAUGGACAUGCUAGAGGAGGAAGGCCAGCAGAGGGUGCAGGCGCGCAUCACAGAGUCGCCCGUGGUCAGUCGUGUCAUAAACAAGGGCAAAGACAGGCUGGGCGAGUGGGCUGUGGAAAGCUCCUUCAUCUCCACCCUCUCUGACCUGCCCCGGGGGGCGUCCCAAAGCCCUCCCGUGCUGCGACACGUGCGGAGCCAGGAACGGGGGAGAGCAGAGCACAUGCGGAUCGACUCGUCGGAGGAGAGGGAGAGCCCCACGCCGCACAAGGAUUGGGGCCUCCACCCUGGGAGACGGCAAGGCCUGGCCCAGUGGCUAGAGGAGACCGACAGCAGCUACUUCGGACAAACUCAGGGCAAUGAAGUGCUAGAUAUUCCUGGAGAACAAGUGACCGAGGAACAAUUUACAGACGAACAAGGCAAUAUCAUCACCAAGAAGAUCAUCCGGAAGGUCGUACGGCGGCUGGAGACCGACGGCGUGGACGAAGGGCGGCAGCAGGAAGAGGAAGAGGCCCAAGGGAGUGUCCUGCGCUCGGAGCUGCUUGGGGGCAGGAUGGGGGCACAGAUAGUGAAGCGAGCCAGCCUGAAAAGGGGGAAGCAGUGACACCCCAACCCCCCCCUCGAGUGGCCUCUUUGGAGGGCCUCACCUCGACACCAACCCACUGACCUCCACCCCACCCCACCCCACGUGCCCCCACGACGACACGGCCAGGCGAGCGGAGCGGUGAGCUCACCCGGGGCAGGGCCGGCUGCCCCCCGAUUCUUUAGGCUAUUUGGCAUGAUUUUCGUCAAGGACAUAACUCGACCAUCUUAAUCCGCAUGACUGACCGACUGCAGACGCAUGAGCUACAGUUCUUUCCUCCUGACUCAAAGCCUGGACUGGGAAAGUACCAGGGGAGAGGAGGACACACGGCCAUCAUCGGACACAGGGAUGGUGGGGUGCCCUUUCCAAAGCCUCCUUCCUGAUGCAGCCCCUCUGCCUCCUGGGGAAGAAGACGUCCGUCAGGCGGACGGACGGAGCUCGCCGGCCACCCCACCCAUCCCGACUCAGCCCUCCCGCCGGCUGCCUGCCUGACCGCGAUGCGUCCCCUCUCGGGUGCCGGAGCGUUUCCGGCAUGGGCGUCCAGUGACCGUCUUCAAGGCCCGGGAGAGAGAGAGAGAGAGAGAGAGAGAGGAGGGCUGCCCGGAUCCCUGUCCUUCCAGUUGGUCUCGCCAGGUUUGAGCGGAAAGCGCGGCCUUGGACGGUGGUGGCUCCGACCUUGUGUAUAUGAUACAAACAGAUACCUACUAUGCAAACUCAAAGAGGGACAGGAUUCGGCAGAACUGGACGGGCUCAGCUCCCUGGGGAGAAAAAAAAAGAAUGCUUUACAGGCCGCCAGCUGUUUUUGAAAUGGAGGUGGGGGAGAGCUAGGAUCCAUUAGAGGCAGCGCAAAUGUCCCGCCCAGGCUCAUAUCUCACAGACACACAGACACAUGCA